AUGCUAGACACAGCUAGCAAUGGGAACUUCCUCAACCAGGAUGUAGAUGAUGGCUGGCAACUUGUGGAGAACAUAGCUAACUCAAAUGGAAGCUAUGGAGAAGAGUAUGAUCGCACCAACCGGAGCUCGACCCACCACUCGAUCGAGUCAGACGAAAAGUUGAGAAAAGAUGUUAAGGCAUUGAAUGAGAAGUUGGAUAAGCUGAUCCUAGCUCAGUCCACAAUGAAGAAAGUCAACUUUGUGUCUGCUGAGGAGAUGGAACCAGUCCAAGAAGGGGAGGAUACACAAUUUGCUGAGGUGUGCUACAUGAGCAAUGGGCAAGGAGGUUACAACAAAGGAUACUAUAAUUACAAGUCCAACCCUGCCAUGUCAUACCGCAACACUGAUGUUGCUAACCCUCAGGACCAAGUAUAUCCUCAACAACAAGCAGCUCGAUCGAGUCAGGUGCCACAACAUGGGUAUGGUCAAAAGAACAAUUACCAAGGACCACAAGGCACUUUCCCUGGACAACAAAUGAAUAUCCCACCAGGCUUCCCCCACCAACCGCCCCAGCCUGCACCUUCACAAGAGAAUGAGCUCAAAGCAAUGCUAAAGCAACUACUUCAAGGGCAAGCUGAUGGGGUAGUGGACACAAGCAAGAAGCUAGCUGAAAUAAACUCUAAGAUCGAGAACCUCAACACAAGGGUUUACUCUCUGGAGAAUCAUGCUUCUUCUGUUGCUGCUGCUACAAAGCAAGGACAACUACCUGGUAAAGCUAUUCAGAACCCCAAGGAACAGUGCAAGGUCAUCUUCACUCAAGAAGGACUUGUUGAAGAAGAGGAUCAAGAAAGGGUCAUUGAAGAUUUUUGUUUACUGCUGAAUGAUGAAGAGAUUGUUGCUGCUGAGGCUCCUGGAGUCCAGAUUGAUCAACCAGAAGUGCAUGCACCUACUGUGGCCAUUCACACUUCACCAGUUGAGCUCGCACGACAAGCUCGAUCGGCAGCUCGAUCGAGUCCAACUCUAGCUCGAUCGAGUCCGACCUCUUCUGUCCGACAGCCUGUUUUGCUUGAUCCUUAUCAACCGGUUGCCGCUUCCUCGUCUCGCCUACUUAGUCAAGGUCACAAGGAAGUGAUUCACAAGUUCAGAAGAGAUCUCAGUGGGAUUGGAAUUGAGUUGCCUCUAUGGAUAGCAUGA